GGAAGUCACAUAUAACGGGAUGUGUCGGUCUGUCCGAGCAGCAUCCGAGCAGACAUGGCCUCUCUACAAUACCUAAACGCGUUCAUUUCUGAGCGGCUGACAGCGGCGGCUGUGGAGAUCUUCGGGGCGGUGGAGAAAACGCUGACAGAGUACCAGGGAGAGAUCAGACGGUCCAAGCAGGAGAUAGACCACCUGCGGACACUGGUGCUCUGGCCUGAAGUCAAAUUACACAGAUCAGUCUCACCCCUCAUUCAUUCAGCAGCUCAUCAGGUCAGCUCUCAUUGCUGUGAUAAGGAGGCUUGUCCUAAGUGCGAGGAGGAGCGGGCCCCAGAUGUGAGCCCCGAUCACCCGAGCACCCUGCAUAUUAAAGAGGAGCAUGACCAAAGGGCUGAGGAGCGAGGACCGUCCUGUAGGCAGCAGGGUGUCGCCACAGUGUCUCCUCAGGGUCACAAGGAGCCGCCCUCUCACCUCUACAGAAUAUUAACUGUUGAAAAGACAGCAAAUAUCAAAGAUGAGCCUGAUGGUGAUGAGUUCAUAAUCUCUCCAUCAACCAGGCAGGCUGAGAUGCCCUGUGGAGUAAAUCCAGAGUCUUCUGGACUUCAGCGACAGACCCUGUUAGAUCCGCUUGAGAUCACUCAACAUGAGCAGGAGGGGCCUGAUGAGCAGCAGUACACUAGACAAGACUGGAGAACCUGUCAGAACAACAAGGACCCCGACCCUUCUCAAAUCAAAGUGGAAAAAUUUACAUCAUUGAGUCCUCGGAAAGAGGCUGACCUCAACUACGAAUUCCCUCUUCAGUCAGAAAGGAGUGUUUAUGAUGAGCCUCAUUCUUCAAGCUUCAGCCACAAGCAGACUCUGACCAGCAAAACAUUUUACACAGCAGAGGAAAAGAGGAGAGAUGCUGAAGCAGUAGGCUGCCAACAGUCCAGGCUCACCAGAGUUUCUCAGCCCUUCUACUCUGUAAAUCAAAGUGAAUACAGCAAGAAUACAGAAUGUGUGGUGAAUGGACAGUGGAUGAAGGCACUGACACUAACGGGAACGAGGCAAAACUCAGACUUGUGUGGCGAAGAAAGGGAAAGUUUUGGGGUGGAGGAAGACGUCAACAAUCUCACCAGGGAGAGAAGACACACUUGUCCCAUCUGUGCGAAACGUUUUAAAGAGUCAAGUCAUUUGAAGGACCAUGUGAGGAUCCACACAGGAGAGAAGCCGUACCAGUGUAAGGAAUGUGGCGUGAACUUCAGACAGAGUGGAGCUUUGACUUUGCACAUGAGAAUCCACACAGGGGAAAGACCAUACCAGUGCACCGACUGCGGUCGGCGCUUCAAUCGAAAAGGCGACAUGGAGACUCACAGGGUGACGCAUACCGGGGAAAGACCCCACCUGUGCGUGGUGUGCGGGAAAAGCUUCAAAAGGAAGAGCAACUUAAACACACAUCUGAAGAUCCACGCAGAGGACAAAGUGUAUUACACUCAAACGUUGUGAUUGUUUAAACACAGAUAAUGGAUUUUUGAUUUCCAUGAGCUGUAAGCCAUGAUCAUCGAGAUCAAAACAAAAAAAGGCCUGAAAUAUUUCACUUCAUGUGUAAUGAAUCUAGAAUAUAUAAAUGUUUCACUUUUUGACUUAAAUUAUGGGAAUAAAUGAUCUUUUCCAUAUUCUAGUUUUCUGAGAUGCACGUCUGAAAAAACAUGGACUGUCACAGAGACUAAAUUAGUGUGUUGACUGGAGUGUAGAAUACAUUUCUUAAUGCAUUUCUAAACAUUUCUAAACUAACAAAAAUUAGCAUUUGCAUCAUCAACAGCAAAGCAAAUUUGAGAUUUGUUUUUGUGCUUUCAACCUGAUGGAGAGAAACAUCAAAGAAACAUUGUAUGAGACAAUGUAAACAUUGGUUGUGCUAUUUAAUUUCCUCGCUUGAUCUAGACAUGCAAGUUGUGCAAGCUAGGCAAUACUCAUUAAAUUGUGUUUUGGGUGUAUUGACA